CGGAAAACAAAAUGGCGGACAGUUGGGUUCGACAGUUGUUGUUAAUUUGAACUCAAUUUAAUUAUAUGGUUAUAGUCUAAUAGAACCCGCAAAUAUUCAAAUAUCGAGUGUGAGUGUUUUCACUAUUUUCAACGCAACUGUUUGAAAGCAGCCGAAAGCCUGGCAGCAUAAUAUGUCUGUGAAUUACGCAGCCGGCCUUUCUUAUUACCCCCACAAAGGAAAGUGUGGAUUGCCUGAGGUUUUCGAUUCUCCCGAGCAGUUCGACCAAAAGAUGGCAGAAUUCACAAGGGUUGUUCGCGAGUCCAAGUACAUUGUGUUUCACACAGGAGCGGGUGUUAGUACAUCAGCGGGAAUCCCUGACUUUAGAGGACCAAAAGGAGUAUGGACUUUGGAGGAAAAGGGAAUAACUCCGCAAAUGGAGACGACAUUUGAUGAUGCCAGACCAUCUCUGACUCACAUGGCUUUGGUCAAACUCGUGGAAGAAAAUGUCGUUCAGUACGUUGUGAGUCAAAAUGUGGACGGGCUGCAUGUAAAGUCGGGACUUACAAGGUCAAAACUUUCAGAGCUCCAUGGUAAUAUGUUUGUUGAGAAGUGUGACAGGUGUGAAACAGAGUACAUUAGAAGGAAUGCGGUAACAACAGUUGGAUUGAAGAAAACUGGAAGAAUGUGUCAGAGGAAAGGUAUCAGAGGACAAUGCAGGGGAAAACUACGAGAUACAAUACUUGACUGGGAGGAUUCGUUGCCUUACAAAGACCUCGUGACAGCGGAACAUCAUUCGAGGCAAGCUGACUUAGCAGUGUGCCUUGGAACCUCACUCCAAAUCCAACCUAGUGGCAAUUUACCAGUAUUCACAGUCAAAAAUGGUGGAAAGUUGGUUGUUGUCAAUCUUCAAAAAACAAGACAUGAUAAGAAAGCAAGCUUGAUUAUCAACCAUUAUGUUGAUAGAGUAAUGGAAGAACUUAUGAACCGUCUGGGAUUGUCAAUUCCGCCAGUCACUGGAGCACCAUGGUGGAAUACCUCUUACACUGACAACAAGGCAGAGACUCUAGUAAAGGAGGAAGUCGAUGAACGUGACGCAAAACACCAGGUCGACUAUGGACCCUCUCUGGACUAUCCAGUGACUAAGAGGCAAAAACGAAACUGUGAAGAAGACCAGGAUGAUGAUGACGAUAACAAAUUAUAAACAGUUCCAAUAUCACAUUGAUCAUCAUCUUUUCAGUAAUCCAUGUUGUGGAGCCACGUUGAUGAAAGCAGACUCAACGCUAACUAAGGAUCAUUUUUACUUUUGAACACAAAUGUGUUCAAAAUAAGAAUUAGUGCAAUUCUUUAAUAAUAAUAAUACUUUAUUCAAAUACAGGGUACAAAGAGUAUUUGGAAAGGAGGACCAUGAGGUUAUCCCUAUUUAGGUCCCCUAACUAAAAUUACAAUCUAAAAUUUAAAAUUUUAAAUACCUUAUCUUCAAAUACCUUAGUGCAACAAGUAGAAGUGAGUGACAUUUUAGGCAAGAGAAGUAAAUCCGUACCAGAUCUUUCAAUCAA